AUGUCAUGUUGCGACGAUUCAAAAGCGGGAGCAGCACCAGCAUCAGCUACAGCUUCGGGAUCAGCCUCUAUGCCGCCAGUAUCGGGAGCGUUCGGCGUGCCGGGAGAGUGCGGCGAAGCCCCCGAUCCCGUCGUGGCUGCCGCGAUGCUGGAAGCGACGCAACUGACGGACUCCGAGCGGGAAAUUAUCCUGGGAGUCCUUGGAAGGGACGAACUGCUGAGGAGGGAGCAACAGAUGCGAGUUUUGUAA